GAAAAUACAACAAUAGUACGGCGGUGACUGCAAUACAAGCGGUGUCUUGUUGAUCUGGAAAAUAAAACUAAUAUAUAAAAUAUUAUAAAAAAUAUAAUGACGGAUGCUUGGGAUGAUAUUAAGGCGUUAAAAAAUAAACGUAAUAAUUUACGCGAGAAGUUGGAGAAACGUAAAAAGGAACGCCAUGGCAUUUUGGCAUCUACCGGCGGAUCACCGCUAACAAAACAGGAGGAUAGCAAUGAGGAUGAUGUUAAAAGCGUUUCUUUGGUUGGGAAAAGUGAAAAUGAAUCCGAUACGGCAGUUGAACAGGCCCUGAUGGAAAUAUUAAGUUCUGAGACACUGAUUUUGCCCAUAAUAUCCACGCAGUUGUUGCAAAAAGUUGCGGCUAUCACAAAGACGCCAGUGGGAAAGGACAGUGUAAACUAUGUGCUCAAUAAAAUGGCAAAACAGGGGGCAAUAUGCAUUAAACGUGUCACCAUUGGUGGCGAGGUGGGUUGUGAAGUCAUCUCCGUGGAGACAAAGGUCUUAUUGGACAUCUAUAAGGCAUUUAUUAAUGAUAAUUAUGAUUUAACGGAAGAGAUUAGGAGGAAAUAUAAGAUAUUGUUUGACGAAGAAGAAGGUCUGCUGGAAGAUAGCAUCAGCAAUGACAAGCCUGAUGACAGUGAAGAAAGUUCGGAACGAAAGGAAACCUCUAAUAAUGCUGAUUCAGAUGAUAUUAUGUCCCUUCUUUCCAUGCCUUCCACACGAGAAAAACAGAGCAAACAAGUUGGUGAGGAAAUUCUUGAGUUGCUGACGAAACCCACCGCCAAAGAACGUUCGGUUGCAGAAAAAUUCAAAUCUCAUGGUGGUGCUCAAGUCAUGGAAUUUUGUCCACAUGGAACCAAAAUAGAAUGCCUAAAAGCCCAACAAGCCACUGCUGAAUUGGAGGCCAAAAAGAAACGAGAACAGCAGCUGCAAAAACAAAAAUUGAAACUAGCCAAACAAAAGCGGCCCGCAAUUGUGGCAGAAAAUAAUACAUCUGAAGCCAAUGGCAGUGAAGAUAGUGCCCCGAAACGUUUGAAACCGAACGAAACAGAAGGCGAAGAACCGAUGAAAACGGAAAAAGCAUCUGAAGAUUCUGGUGCCGAAGAUGGUGAAAUUACUGCCGACAAUCCGAAAGAUCCAGACGUAGACGAAGGGGAAGACGAAGAAAGUGCCGAGGACGAUAACACAGAGGAUGCGUGUAACAGCGAGACAAGCAAAUGUACAAAACUGCAUUUCAAGAAAAUCAUACAAUCCCAUACCGAUGAGUCAUUGGGUGAUUGUAGUUUCCUUAACACUUGCUUCCACAUGGCCACGUGCAAAUAUGUACACUAUGAAGUGGAUACAUUGCCGAACAUUAACACAAACAAGCCGGUAGAUGUCAAGACUAAUAGGUGUAUUAAACGUAGUGUCGAUCCGAAUGUUACUCUGUAUCCACCGCAGUGGAUUCAAUGUGACUUACGUUAUUUAGAUAUGACAGUAUUGGGUAAAUUUGCUGUCGUCAUGGCCGAUCCACCAUGGGAUAUUCACAUGGAAUUGCCAUAUGGUACAAUGUCCGAUGACGAGAUGAGACAAUUGGGCGUACCAGCUUUACAGGACGAUGGUCUUAUAUUCCUUUGGGUCACGGGACGUGCAAUGGAACUGGGACGAGAGUGUCUUAUGUUGUGGGGCUACGAACGUGUCGAUGAAUUAAUUUGGGUAAAAACCAAUCAAUUGCAACGUAUUAUCAGGACAGGCCGUACAGGACAUUGGCUCAAUCAUGGCAAGGAACAUUGUCUUGUGGGCAUGAAAGGAAAUCCCAAAAAUCUUAAUCGUGGCUUAGAUGGCGAUGUCAUUGUGGCCGAAGUUCGUGCCACAUCCCAUAAGCCAGAUGAAAUCUAUGGCAUUAUAGAACGUUUAAGUCCCGGCUCACGUAAAAUUGAACUAUUUGGUCGUCCCCACAAUGUUCAGCCGAAUUGGAUUACAUUGGGCAAUCAAUUGGAUGGUAUACGUCUAGUUGAUCCAGAGCUAAUAACACAAUUUCAAAAACGAUAUCCCGAUGGAAAUUGUAUGGCGCCCGCUACAACAACCACCACUGCCGUAGUUAAGAAAUAAAGUAUUUUGCCUUUUUCAAUUUAAUUUUAUUUUCUGUGUGAAUCGACAACAUUUAAGUUAUACUUACUUUUAUAUUAAACAAAAAAGAAAACAAAUGUCUUAAGAGAAAAGAUUAAUUAAAUUAAA